ACCCCACAACUCCCCUCGCGAACGACCACAAAAGCGUUGUCGUUUAAUCCGUCCGUUCGAAAGAGAGAGAGGAGGAAAGCGGACACGCUCGAGAACGUGCUCAACCUGUCUCCGGCAGCUACUCCGGCGAUCACUGCUUAGCUCGGAGAACUCUCUAAUCUUGUCAGAAUUCUUGACUCAGAUUGCCUUUUUGGGGGAAAGAUGAGUGAAGUAUUCGAAGGGUACGAGCGCCAGUACUGCGAGCUCUCCGCUAAUCUUUCGAGGAAGUGUACCUCAGCUGGUGCUCUUGGUGGAGAGCAAAAGAAGCAAAAACUUUCUGAAGUAAAAGCUGGAGUCGAAGAUGCUGAAGCUUUGAUUCGGAAAAUGGAUCUCGAGGUGAGAAGUUUGCAGCCUCAUGUUAAAGCGGUGCUUCUUACUAAGUUAAGAGAGUAUAAAUCUGAUCUGAACAAUCUGAAAAAUGAAGUUAAAAGAAUUUCAUCUGGAAAUUUAAAUGCAGCUGCUCGAGAUGAGCUACUCGAAUCUGGAAUGGCUGAUGCAAUGACGGCAUCAGCCGAUCAAAAAUCAAGAUUAUUGAUGUCUACAGAGCGAUUGAAUCAGACCAGUGGCAGAAUCAAAGAAGGUAGAAGAACCAUGCUAGAAACAGAAGAACUUGGUGUUUCAAUUCUUCAGGACUUGCAUUCUCAGAGACAGUCUCUUUUACAUGCUCACAACACGCUCCAUGGAGUGGAUGAUAACAUCGGGAAGAGCAAGAAAAUUUUGACUGGCAUGUCAAGGAGGAUGAGCAAGAACAAAUGGAUUAUCGGCUCUAUAAUUGCAGUCCUCGUAGUGGCUAUCUUACUGGUUUUGUACUUCAAACUUUUGAAAUAAGCAAACACAUUAUGCUGUCUGUUAUUUGGUUUUUGCAUGUGGGAGUAACACGCCUUCCUUUUUUAUUUUUAUCUUUUUAUGUCAUUUGUGGUUCUUGCUGUGAGAUAUAUGCUUUAGGUGGUAGCGUAAAUGCGCUCGUGCAUCUUUAACUUUGGUUCUUCUGGUUCAUUUAAUCCCAUGGGGUGGAAUCAAGAACUGUUCUUGAUGUGGUCUUCUUUCUUUUGUCUGUCAUGCUUAUUUGGAACUAGUAAGUAAUAAAAUUUACAUUAUAUU